UAGCGAUUGAGGAGAAAACUCGACUUCUUCCAGAAACUUCCCUCGCGUAGCUUGAAGGUCACUAGCAGUCUUAAAAAUGGAGUUCUGGGGAGUUGAAUGUAAACCUGGCGCAUGCGUUAGCGUGGAACCUGGAUCGGACAUGAUUGUGCACAUUUCUCAGGCUGCACUUGGUGAGAGUAAGAACAAAGGAGAUGAGCCAAUCUACCUUUACUUGGUUGUCGACGAUGUAAAGUAUACCAUCGGAACCCUGUUUCAGGGGAAAUGCCCUCAGCUUUCUUCGGAGAUUUUGCUAGAAAAGGGUUUCGAGCUCUCUCAUAGUUGGAAGCAUGGGAGUGUUUACUUCACAGGGUAUAAAGUCGAUGCACGUGAGGAUGACGAGGAGGAAGAAGGUAGUGAUGAUGAGCUUCCGGUCGUAAGUGAAAAAGAAAAACCUAAGCCAGACGCUGUGGAAGUGAAACCGGAAGUGAAGAAGACUGAUCCUGCGAAGUCAGGAACCAAACAGGUGAAUUUCAAGGUGCCAAAUGAAGAGGACAAUGCCAUGCAGGAUGAUGAUGAUAGUGAUGAAGACUCAGACGAUGAUAUGUCAUCUUCUGAAGAUUCAAGUGAUGAUGAGGACAAGAAAGCUAUUGCUGGAGGUGACGGCGAUGAAGAUAGUGAUGGUGAUGAAACUUCAGCUGAUGAGACCCCGAAGAAGACUGAGCAACAAAGUAAGAAGAGACCCGCAGAUGUGCCGAAAACUCCAGCUCCAGCGUAUUCCGAGAAGAAGGCGAAAUUUGCUACUCCUCAGAAAACAGAGGAGGGGGGGAAGAAAGGGUACGUGCACGAAGCGACGCCGCAUCCGGCGAAACAGAAACAGAAGACGGCGAAUCAUCAGUGCAGUUCAUGCAAGAGGUCUUUUACGUCGGAAGUGGGGCUUCAGUCUCAUACGAAGGCCAAACACGCGCCUCCUGCUUGAUGUUACAUACUAUCAAAACCCUUUUAAUGACUUUUUCCGUACGUGUCGGCCACUGAAAAUCUGGAUAGUAUGUUACUACUUUCCUUUUUUCUGUUCUUUAGGUCUCUCACCGUUUUUUGA